UCUCAGCAGGGCGUUGUAAUACUAUGUGCACUCCCUCGUGUGUUACUAUUAUAUCCAACAGGAAACAGAUUUGGACAUACUGGUUAAUGCUUCAACCAAACUCACUCGCUCAAGAAUAUUUCCAUAGUUGUUCGGCUUUGUUUUUCAUAUUUUACACAUACAUAAGUACUGUAAAUAUUUCCUGAUAUCUGGGAUAUAUACGACCGGUCCUGUGUAGGUGGAUGAGAGUAAAACCCAUUUGGAUUGAGACAUGGAGCAGCUCUUUUUUCUUCUCAUUCCCUUGUUUGCAUCUUCAUCCAUAAUCUCAGCAGAAGUCCAAACUGAAAAAACUGUGACUUACACUUUGUCAUCUCAUUAUGAGAAUGGCAUGACCAGUCACACCUCAAAAACUGUGAGCACAACCACAGCUCCUGUAUCUUCUAGCCACACAGGCAGUACUGAUGGAUCCAGCCUCUCUUCGCAUACCACAUCAGGACAGUCCAUCAUCACCAGCUCCACGUUAACCACACUAAAAUCCUACACUGACACAACUUUAAAUUCCACCUCAUCCCCAGCGGCCAAAAUAACAGGCAGUACUGAUGGAUCCGGCCUCUCUUCACAUAACACAUCAGUGGGUGUUUCUCUGCUUCCAAAGACUUCAGCAACCGCUAAUUCAAACAUCAGCAUGUCAGAGGUGACUGCAACACCUUCACAGGCACCAGACAGCGGUCUCACUUUGCUCGCCUUUGGUGUGAUGAGUCUUAUACUCAUUUUAAUUGUUGUCAUGGUGGUCUUGGUGACCGCUAUCAACCUCAGGGGACGGUGUAGAAAUACUAAACAGCAUGAGGGUAUUAAAAGCUGUGAUUUUGUGGUGUCUGACAGCAGCAUGACCAGCUACUGUGAGAAAGAGAGCAUCACUCUUGUCUCUGUGAGGACAAUAAACACAGAAAACAAUACAGAUUCUCCCCAGAUGUCUUCAGUUCGUAGCACUAUAGUGGAUAAUGAUGACCAAGAAUUUACCAGAGACCUGCUGGGCAUCAAAGAUGGACUGUGAUUUUACUCAGUUCGUAGUGCACGAGAUUGGAGGCUGCAUACUCUAUUUAUACUAUUAAAUGAAUGUGAAUUAAUGUGCCUUUAGCUAAUGGUCAGUGUACAGACCACACAUCAUGUUUAUGACAUGCAUUGAUGCACUCACUGCAUUUAAAAUAUCUCAUGCUCUCAUAUAUUAAACAUGACACAUGCUUCAUUGAUAAAUAAAAUGUCACUUUUGUG